GGGUCAGGUCCCGAGCACCGGACUUCGCUGGGGCCCGGUGUCCGCUCCGCGCGCACCCAGCGGAGGGCGCGAUGGCGGGGUCUGCGCUGAGGAUGGUCUGGCGGCAGCUGAGCCAGCGCACCGGGUCUGGAGCGCCCAUCCUCCUGCGGCAGAUGUUUGAGCCCAAAAGCUGCACCUACACUUACCUGCUGGGUGACAGGGAGUCCCGAGAGGCCGUUCUGAUCGACCCGGUCCUGGAGACAGCGCCCCGCGAUGCCCAGCUGGUCAAGGAGCUGGGGCUGCGGCUGCUGUAUGCUGUGAACACCCACUGCCACGCAGACCACAUAACUGGCUCAGGGCUGCUCCGGUCCCUACUGCCCGGCUGCCAGUCUGUCAUCUCCCGCCUUAGUGGGGCCCAGGCUGACUUGCACAUUGAGGAUGGAGACUCCAUCCGCUUCGGGCGCUUCGCCUUAGAAACCCGGGCCAGCCCUGGCCACACCCCGGGCUGUGUCACCUUUGUCCUGAAUGACCACAGCAUGGCCUUCACUGGAGAUGCCCUGCUGAUCCGAGGGUGCGGGCGGACAGACUUCCAGCAAGGCUGUGCUAAGACCUUGUACCACUCGGUCCACGAAAAGAUCUUCACACUUCCAGGCGACUGUUUGAUCUACCCUGCUCAUGAUUACAAUGGGCUCACGGUCAAAGUGGGAGGGGGGCACAUUCCCUCUGUUUUUGGGCGGGUCUCUGACUCAGCUCAGGGCAGGAGCGGCAGUGCCCUGAGCCCAGAGCGGAGCGCGCCGGAGCCGGAGCUGGUGAGCGGGCCGAGGCUGCGGGGAGGAGGGCUGGAGUUCGGGAAUCUCAAGGGCUCAGGCUCCUGGCUUGUUCAGGGGGAGACUGGGAGCCCCCGCUCCUGGAUCCCUGGGGGAGGUGGCGUGGGCGCCGCUCCCCUGCGCGGUGGGGUCAGGACCAAGACUGCGGGCUCCGGGAAGGGGAGGGGGCGGGAGUCGGACUCCCGAGUCCCGGAAGGAGAAGAUGGGGUCGCUCUGAGGUAG